CGGGCCUUCCAAUAGCCGAAACCACACCAAUCAUCAUCUGAUAUUGAAACAAUCCAAUUGGGAAUACUCACCAGCCCACCACCAACUUUGGGAAACCGUCCGUCCGUCCGUCAGCUUCCUAGCUCUCCUCCGACAGCUCUCUUUUAACCAAUUCCAGCAACAUACCCUUUCCUUCUUCCCACUCCACUCUUUGACCCUCUUCUCUCCUUCGCAUCUUCACAUCUUCCCUUUAUACACUUCCACUUUGAAAGGGAGAAGAAGAGUAUCAAAGCCUCAAAGCUAAAUUUCAUCAAAACCUACACCAAGAUUCAAUCUUUGGCAUCUCUUGACUCGUUCAGAAUCCCAUUGUUUUGAUAAUGUAGAUACAACCCAGAUCACAGCAUCUUGUAUCUUUUUUUUCUUGGUCCAUUCAACGCAAUAUUAUCAGGAUCAUGGAUACAGAAUCUCUCUCUCUUUUACCUUCGGGCAAAAUUAAAAUACUCACCCAAAAUCCCGCCGGAAAAGCAGACGAAGACCCACAAAUCUCAACCACAGCGUUGCUGUCGUUGAGCACAGAUUCUUCAUCUCCCACAACACCCAAAGCCACAGCUAAAACAGUGCUCUUCAUCUCUCUCGUCCUCUCAACUUGUAUAGCUCUGUCUGCGGCUAUAGCCUUUGCUUACCUCUUCUUCGACGCCUCCCAUUCAUCGUCAUUACCACCGUCGCCUCCCGAUAUUGAAGUCUCCCGUCCGCUUAAUAUAAUAAAAAGACCGGUUGUUCUCUUGGUUUCCUCAGAUGGGUUCAGGUUUGGAUACCAAUUCAAGACCGAUACUCCAAAUAUUCACAGAUUGAUAAAUAAUGGGACUGAAGCUGAGUCGGGUCUGAUCCCGGUUUUUCCAACUCUAACUUUCCCCAAUCAUUACUCAAUUGUCACUGGUUUGUACCCAGCAUAUCAUGGAAUUAUCAACAAUUAUUUUACUGAUCCUAAAACUGGUGAGUUUUUCAGUAUGAGCAGUCAUGAGCCCAAGUGGUGGCUUGGGGAGCCUUUAUGGGAAACUGUGGCUAAUCACGGGUUGAAAGCUGCAACAUAUUUUUGGCCUGGUUCUGAGGUACAUAAAGGUUCUUGGAAUUGUCCUGCUAAUUGUUGUAUGCAAUAUGAUGGUUCUGUGCCUUUUGAAGAUAGAGUUGAUGCUGUGUUAAGGUACUUUGAUUUGCCUAGUGAUGAUAUGCCUGUUUUUAUGACAUUGUAUUUUGAGGACCCUGAUCAUCAGGGUCAUAAGGUUGGGCCUGAUGACCCUGAUAUUACAGAAGCUGUUGCUAGGAUUGAUAAGUUGAUUGGGAGGUUGAUUGAUGGUUUGGAAAAAAGAGGGGUUUUCGAGGAUGUGAAUAUCAUCAUGGUUGGUGAUCAUGGGAUGGUUGGUACUUGUGAUAAGAAGUUGAUAUUUUUAGAUGAUUUGGCUCCAUGGAUUCAAAUUCCAAAGGAGUGGGUUCAGUCGUAUAGCCCAUUGCUUGCAAUUCGCCCACCAUCAGGAACUUCUGUUAAGGAUGUUGUAGCUAAGAUGAAUGAGGGACUGAAGUCUGAUAAGGUUGGGAAUGGGAACAGAUUGAAAAUUUAUCUCAAGGAGGAGUUGCCGAGUAGGCUGCAUUACUGGGACAGCUACCGGAUUCCACCCAUUAUUGGUCUGAUUGAGGAAGGAUUUAAGGUGGAGCAGACAAAAUCGAGAAAGCAGGAAUGCGGAGGAGCACAUGGUUAUGAUAACGCAUUUUUCUCAAUGAGGACUAUUUUUAUCGCCCAUGGACCUCAGUUUGCAAGGGGACGCAAAGUUCCAUCUUUUGAGAAUGUUCAGAUAUAUAACUUGGUUACAACGAUUCUGAACAUACAAGGGGCUCCAAAUAAUGGGACGUUAUCAUUUCCACGGACAAUUCUUUUGCCUAGCCACUGAAUUGUUUAGUUUACAUACCAACAUGGAGUAUCAAGGAGGAGGUGGUUAUCCUUCCUGCAGUGUUCAUUUUCUUAUAUAAGAAACUCAUGGGUCAGGAUGGCGGGGCCUGUCUGAAGAGGUAAUUGCAGUGAUGCUCAAACUCAGUAGGCGCCAACAGCUCACAGUUGAUUUUGAGGUGAUAGGCAAUCUGUUGGUCACUUGCUGCUAUUCUCUCCCAAUUCAUAAUGUGUUUGUGUCCAUCUUGCAGCUUAUAUAAGAACGGACGUAGCAUUUGGACCUUAGAUAUUGUGUAUGCUGUUCUUCUUGCGGUUUCUAUGCAGAGAAAUUCUGCAGUGGAUUAUACUUUUUGAUAAUUGGUUCACUGCUUUAAUAUCCUUGCAUGUUUUGGAAUUAUACACUGCAAUACGCGACAUAAUGCAUUAGUCCUGAUGAUUAUUACAACAAAAAAGGGAUUUUUAGAGGGAUCAGCUAAAACUAGAUCAAGUGGUCUAAAAUUCGAGAGCUCCUGUGUCAAUAUUUCAAGCCAUAAAAUGCAUCAGAGGACAAGGAAAUCUCGUUCUUUCUGAAAUUUCAGUUGCGCCCUAGUAAACACACUAACCCAAGCUUGGUGCAAGCGCUUCUUUUCGGUGCUUUUCAAAUUACGGAGUGUGAUUUCUUUGGUUCUUGGUGGUCUGAUGAAAAGAAACGAUCCUUCAAUCUUCCCAAAGUUCCACACGAGCAAGGAUUCUGAGAAGUAUGUAUGGAGGUGGAGAUAAAUCAUAAAUACCCCUUAGUGUCAAUAAACUUUGCUAAAUUUGUCUGUCUCGGAGAAUUGGUUAGCGCCCCUUCUGGCAGCUCGUUUGGUCACGACAGCCCCUUGGAAGUCGUUGACCAGCUCUCCCACCAAGGUUCGAGUUCCAGCGGUUAUCAUGUUCGGGGGGAAGGGGUCUCUUCUCUCAAGUCGAAGUGGGAUUAGCGGAUCCCGUAAGAAUUAAUCCGAACACCCACUCCGUCGACAAAAA